GGCCUCGAGACACCGAGCGGACGGAGCCCAUCGUCCUCCCCGGACUUUCACAAGUGGCUGCUGACUUUUACGCGUUCGCCGACCAAGUUCACCGGAUGCAUCCUUCUUCCUCUUCGUCUCCGCUUCUUCGUCAUUGGUUGGAUUUGGAUUCUCUCGGUCACAGAUCCUCGAGAUAUCACAGGAAACUUGAGGGGGUUGCGAGUGUGAAACGUAGCUGGUAGCUCCGAAGGGUUCACUGCCGAUCCAUCCCGGAGGUUGCAGCGGCGAACACCAUUAUCGGUAUAAUGAAGAGAGAAGCUGAUGCAGGCGCCAUGACAGGUUCUGGAGGGCCAACAAGUCCUCACAAGCGUUACAGACAGGGUGACGAUGAACUCCGUCUUCUUAUUCCCAGCAAGGUAGCCGGUUCGAUAAUCGGCAAGGGUGGCCAAAACAUCACCAAACUGAGAAGUCAGUACAAAGCCUCAAUCAUUGUACCCGAUUGCCCCGGACCCGAACGGGUGCUUACAAUCAGCUCGGAUCUGCCCACUGUUCUUCAGGUGUUGAACGAGGUCGUACCUAAUCUCGAGGAGGUGAGUGUUGCUACCAGAAGAGGAUCACACGGGAAAAGAAAUGACUCAAUCAAUGGAUCGCGCCAUGGCAGCGAUGAAAUCGAUGUACGUAUGCUGGUGCACCAGAGCCAAGCUGGAUGCAUUAUUGGCAAAGGAGGGCUAAAGAUCAAGGAGCUUCGCGAGAAAACUGGCGCCAGGAUCAAGAUCUAUUCCCACUGCUGCCCUCACAGCACCGAUCGAUUGAUCAGUAUUUGCGGAAAACCAACCACCUGCAUCGACUGCAUCCGUGAGCUGAUCGCCACCAUUAAAACUUCUCCAUUGAAAGGUGUGAACAAUCCCUACGAUCCGCACAACUUCGACGACUAUUACGCGGAUGACUAUGGGGGUUAUGGAAGUGGUGAUGGUGGUCAAGGUAAAGGUGGUGGUUUCGGCGGUCCAGGAGGUCGCGGUGGUGGUGGUGGAGGCGGCGGUGGGGGCGGAGGAGGCAUGCCACCGAGACGGGACAAUCGUGGCGGUGGACCCGGCGAUAUGAAUCGCGGUUUCCCACCCCCACCGAGGGGUGGACCACGUGGCGGAGGCGGUGGCGGUGGUGGAAUGUCCGGUGGACCAGCAGACCGUGGCUACGGGGGUAAUUCGCGCGGAGGAGGUGGUGGCGGGGGCGGUUAUGAAGGUGGACGAGGCGGUUAUGGAGGAAACAGGGGUGGCCCGCCACCUUAUGGCGGAGGAAACUAUAACGGUGACGGAUGGGGAAUGCAAGGAGGAGCACCAAACGGUUUGGGCGGGGGUGGAGGUGGUGGCGGUGGCGGCGGUGGAGGUGCCAAUUCAGCAAUGAGUGGCCCACCCAUGAGUGGUAACAAUCAAGGAAAUCAGGGCAACAUGGGAGGGAGCAAGACCAGCACUCAAGUCACCAUUCCUAAAGACCUUGCGGGGGCCAUAAUCGGCAAAGGAGGAGCCAGAAUCCGGAAAAUCAGAUCAGACAGCGGUGCUGGGAUCACCAUAGACGAACCUUUGCCUGGUAGCAACGAUCGCAUUAUUACUAUAACCGGGUUACCAAGUCAGAUACAGAUGGCUCAGUACCUGCUUCAGCAGAGCGUGCACGAGAAUGCAGACCAUUAUUAGGACGUGGUAGAGGAAGCAUUCAGGGGGAGCCAAAGAUGCGUUUGUAAUUUUUUUAAGGAUACUUCUCCGCAAAUGGACAGACAUUCGUGCGAAAAAGUGGAAAACCGAAACCUUCGAUGAUACGACGAACUCUUCAGCCGCCGCAUCCAAGGAACCACACACACACACGCGUUCAGAAGCAAAAAUAAUAAAAAAAAAAGAAAGCACGCAGUCAUUUUUCAAAGCAGCCUCAGACACACUGCUGCUCUUUCGCAUUAACUUCUUAACUUGUACGUGAAAAAAGGCUAGUUGGAGCAAUUCAAAGAACUCCUUGUUACACACAGUUUCUAUUCUCUAUUCCACGCUAUCGCCACACGCGGUUAGGGGGUCAUCUUCUUUUCGAGGAGAUCCACGAGACCUUUCCCAAGGUCUCGUGCUUGCUGAUUGCUGUUUGUGUGAGUAGAGAUCCCGUUUUCAAUUUCUACACUCUGACCAGUGAACAGGAUUGUAAUAAAGUUUAGGAAAGGGUAGUUUGUGUGGAGGAACUGAGUUGCAAAUAAUACACUCGCCUAAAUUGCAGACCAGUCCCAGAACACCGCUAUUUGUAAUCCAAGAGACCCCGAAAAUUUGUUAAUAUCCUGUGCCCUACGGUUGCGAUGGCCUAUUCCGAGGGUUGCAAGCUGCGAACAGCACACCCGUUUUCUCUCCUUGUACGUAAUAGAAUGAGAUAAAGAACGAAAUCCUCUUUCAAUACGAAGCGACACGUUUCCAUUCGAUUCAUUCGACUCAUUCGAGAAUUCCAAAACUCGAAUUGGCACUAGAGACGUCGAGGAGCAGCGUGUUCCUCGUGCUGAAGAAAGGCCAAAGAGAAAGCAUAGUUUUGAGGUCGUUCUCGAUCUUCGCGCAUUUUUUCCCCUGCCUUAUUAUUAGUAUAUUUUUCUGCGUUUUUUAAUCGUUUUGUAUCGCGUGCUUUUUUGUCACGGACCAACUUUGAUAAGAUCAUAUAUAAAUAUAUAUAUUUUUCCCCCCUUUACCUUCCCGUCUAUUCUUAACUGGAUGAUCCUUCCGGGUACCAAUUUUCGAAGCGCACACGUUGCCUGUAUCUUUCUUUUUUUCGUUCUUGUCGCUGCAGAAAUCUUCCUGGAACGUGAUUUCCCUUUCUUUUCUUAGAGGAAAUGUCUGCACCAUGACGAUUCGUGAGACUUUAAGUAAAAACCCCCGGGAUCGAUGAUGUAGAGGAACGAUGAUCUUUGAUAAUUUCGCAAAUGAAUUCAUUUCUCUGGACGGUUUCGAUGAGCUGAAGAAUCGGUGGAAAAUGUAGCGGUGAUAAUAACUUUACAGAAUCGAAAUUUGUACAUACACGUGUGUAAGAAGCAAGGAAAAAUGAAAAUAGGAGAAGAGAAAUCAUUGAAAGUAUCACUUCCCUUUCCUUAAUUGCCACGUAAACCACGUUUCUGCUGCUGCAUCAUUUAUUAUUAUUACUAUUAUUAUUAUUCUAAUUACUAUUAUUAUCACUAUUGUACGAUUAUUAAUAAGAGUAAUUUUUGCAUUAAUUGUAAUCCCCAAUACACCUGAGAGUCUUUUGUACUAAUGAUACAAGGAAAACGUAAACACUCAGUUUCGUGGAUCGAGCGUGUAAAUCCACGGGUGUCCCUGAUCAUUUUUCUUUUCUCGCGGUAUAGAUUGUUAAGAUAAAUAUGUGUGAGUGAAAGAAGAGAGGGUCACGACACGUGGAAUCAAAAGAAACUUGCAACGAAGUCUGAUGCAUACAUUGUGUUUAGAAAGUAUAUAAUUGAAGCCAUUUGGGAGAAUGUUAAACUUUAAGAACAGUGAACCUAUAUAUAUAUAUAUAGAUAUAUAUAUAAUAAUAUACUAUAUUCGCGUACAAAAUCUGUUUGUAUCUUAUGAAACGAUCAUUGAUGACGAAACAACAGGAGUGAGAUCAUUUUUGUUACCUCUCGAGAGCGUGUGCAUUCAGUGUUAUUAAAGUUUAAUGUGGUCUGACAUCGAAUAUCAAAUUCUGAACGUCUUCUGAAAGGGAGCACCAUAAGUUUCUUGAGUCUCUUCAAUCUUUAUACAUGUUAAAAAAAAAAAAAAUAAUAAUAGUAGCUGGUGUUCUCUUUUAGGGAUCGUUUCACGGAAAGAAGCUUGCAAAUAUAACAAACAGAUUAACCGCGUGGAUGAAAACCAUCCUGAAGUCCAAACUCGUCCACUUUCCCUUUCCUCAAGACCAACAUCGUGUAUCCAGAGGAUAAAUUUCACGGCACCCUUACAUUCUCCUUCUUCUUUGUCCCCUGAUAUUAAAGUCUCAGUCUCUAAAAUGGUUUAAAAACGGAAACAAAGAACCAUAGAACCAGGGAUCCUACAGUCGUCAGGGUCGAUAAUUUACAAAGGGCAUUUUUCUUUAUUUUUUUUCCUUUUAAUGCAUCUCGAUCGAACGAAGGCGUUCACCAACCCUUUUCUUUUAGAUUUAACAAAAGGAGAACCAUUCUCUUCCUCUUUCUGACGGUCUAUUCCCACUACGCUGUGUUUAUUCCAUGAUCAAUUAAAAGAAAAAA